AUGACCACCAAUAAUGAUUCAACUAGAGUGAAGGUAAGUUAGCUUACCUAGUUCAUAUUUCAAUUUUAUUUGGUUGAACAAUAUGAUGGUUAUUUUUUGAAAAAAAGUAUUAAAUAAUAAUAAUAAUAAUUUAUUUUUAUUUGUAGGGAACUUCUAUUGUAAAGGCAAUUAUAUAUGGAAAUACCGCUAAAUAUUUUGGUCAAAAAAGAUCUGAAGAUGGUCAUACUCACAAAUGGUCUGUAUAUGUCAAACCUUAUCUUGAUGAAGAUAUUGGUACCUGGGUCAAAAAAGUUCAUUUCAAAUUGCACGACAGCUAUGAAACUCCAACUCGAGUGGUACAAAAACCACCGUUUGAGAUCUCUGAAACAGGCUGGGGUGAAUUUGAAUUAGUUAUUAAGAUAUUUUUCCAAGACACUAGUGAAAGACCAGUAAGAAAAAAUUGUAGUAUGUAACCUAUAUUUUUUAAGACUUAAAUAAAAUUUUACUUUUACACUCAAAAUACAAUUACAAAAAUAGGUAUGAUUACCUAUCAUAGAUUUUUGUGUAUACUUGUUUAAAAACAGUGAAACCUCGAUAGUUCGAAAUUGUAAGGAAAUGCAAUUUUUUUCGACUUACUAAGGCUUUGAGUAGGUAGAUUUUAGAAAAAAAAUUCGACUUCAAGAGUUUUUAAAGUAUAUGUAUGUAUUAAAGUUUUUAAUUUUUACUAAAGCACGGAUAUUGUUGUUGUAAAAAACUAUUGAAAUUGAUUGCAGUAUUGCACUAAAAACAAACAAUUUUUUUACAAAAAUGGAAAUAGUUGGCUUAAUUUUAUGCAUAUUUAUAAAACAAUAAAAGAACACGAAUACUCAAAAUUCACGGAGUGACUGAAGAACAAAUUAUAACAAUCAAACAGUCACAUUUCACAAAUUAUUUUUGUAUUGUAUUAAUUACCUACCAACUUGGAAUUAUCAAUAUAAAAAUAUAAUACCAUUAUUAGAUUUUAUGGAUAGUAAUAUUAUAGUAUAAUCUUAUCUAUACGAUUGUCGAGUGUUGACUAGCUAAAAUAGUUGGGAAAUGAGUAAAUUCAACAAAAUUGCAAUAAAGUUAAAAAAUAUUGCACUUAAAACUUUUAGAUUUGAAUCUGUACUUACAUGAAACGUAUUUAAAACCUACUUAGUAAUAAAUUGAAAAGGUAGAAAAAAAAGUUGCAAAUGCAAUAACAUCCAUACCCUAAUUAUUACCUAUAUAGUAUAUAUUAUGUAUAAAUAAUUAUAGUAUUGUUAUUAUUAUUUUAAAAUAUUGCACUUCAAAAAAUUCUUAGAUUAAAUUAUAGGACGCACAAGCUGAUUAAUCAAAUGAUUAUAAAAAUUAUCCGCUAUAUUCGGAACAUAGAAUGGUCGAGUUAUCUAUGGUUUUUUUUGAUUCAUCGAGGUUUUUAUAAGAGAACGACAUUUAUUCCAAUUUAUCUAAGUUCUACUGUAAUUUGUAAAUAGAUACUCAAAAGUUACUAGUAAAUAGAUUUUGUAUUAAAUGUAGAUAUUUUUCUACAUAAAUAAUAUUUAUAAAAUUAUUCAGUUACUUAGUUUAUCUUUCAAAAAACUAUUUUCUAUUUAAAUAAAAUCAAAAUUAACUUAGGUAAUGCAUUGGUUUUGUAUUUUAUAGGUUACACUUUAUCAUGUACUAAAGCUUUACAGUAAUGGAUCAGAUUCAGAACUAAAUGAACAACCUGUCUUGUCAGAAUUCUAUGAAGAAAUUAUUUUUCAAGAUCCGUCCACUUAUAUGAAAUACGUAUUGAAUGAUUCAUUGAGUAAUAAUCCUCAGAUUGCUAAAGAAAAUUUACAUUGUAUGUACCUUUAUAUUUUAUCUUCAGUAUUUAUAUCAUUAUUGUUAUUUAUAAUAUGUGGUACUUUAUGGUGUCUUAUUUUUUCUAGAUGAAGAAAUAAAAAAAAAUACAGUUAAUCAAUUAGUAAAAGCCAGAAAAAAGGUUCAAGAUCUUACAGUUUUGUACAAAGAGCGUUUGAAAAAAUUAAGAGAGACUAUUGAUAAAUAUAAAGAUGAAAUUUGUGCAUUACAAUCUCAAUGCAGUUCUUCUACCCUACGUUAA